CUCAUGAACAACCAGACAAUGACGAAUUUGAUAGUGCUAACGAAACUGAUGAUUUUACAAUUAAAGAUGGUGCUGAAUUUCCUAAGCGUAAUAAUACUGGUGUUAUAAUUCGACGAUACUUUGUUUGUGAAAAUUCUAAAGAGCGUCAAUCUAAAAAAAAGAUUGUUAGUGAAGACCAAAGGGAUAGAGAAUCCAAAAAAGUUGGAUGCCAGUGGCAGCUUAAUGUAGAAUGCCAAAAAAAUUCCAAUACUAUAGUUAUUGUUAUUAAUAAGUUAGUUGAGGCUUAUAAUCACCCCCUUGCACUACAUCGGAAAGAGUUUGCCCCAAGUUUACAUAUGCUUUCACAAGAAGUUCUUGAUGAAAUUAAGUUUUUAACUCAGGAAUGUGGUUUUGGAACAAAAGCCCAAUUUAAAACUAUUCAAGCAAAACUUGAACGUGAGGCAAAAUAUCAACGAUUAUCAGAGUAUAAAAAUACUUUACUUACCCGGGGACUUCCUAGUAUCCAAAGUGUCUUUUUUGAACCUGUUCAAAAUGCAAUCAAGAAAUAUUUGAUAUUAGAAUCUGCUUCAAUGCAAAAUACUCAAAUAUUACAAAGUGUAUUAUAUCAUGCAUGUUUAUAUGAAGUCUCAAAUAAUUCUAUAUUGUUUCCUAGUGCUCAUGAAUAUGCAGAAGGAUAUCUUGAAGAUGAAUACGAUGCAUUGCAAGCUUCGCUUGAAAAUAUUAUUAAUAUGGUUAACUGUGACAAUAUUCUUGAAAUGUCUUACAAUGCUAAGUUUGAUAUUAAACUCAUACCUAAUUGUUGGUAUACCGAUUCAAUGCAAACAUCAAAUUGUUCUAUAAUUACAGGCACUGAUGCUGCUGAUAUCAUGAAAUUUGAUACAAAUAAAGAGAUGAAUCAAGUUAUAGCUAUUCGCGGACCCAAUAUAUAUCAAGCUAGCAUUCAUGCCUGUGUUACUCAAAAGCAAGAAUAUGCUCAUAGAUUUGGCAUAGCAAAAAGUGGAUUAAAAUUCGCUUUUGAAAAUGGAUUAAUUAACGAAUUUGUAAAACUAAUAGUGAAGUUUAUUGAAAAUCAUAGUGAAGUUGCCACUAAUAAGCAUGUAACAAUUGACAUUACUCAGAUUGAAAAUCCUAAAAAAUUGAAGCACAAAGGGCAUCCAAAGUUGUUUAAUUCUAUACAAAGUACACUUCAAGAUUUAAAUACAAACCAAAAUUUAAAUUUAAGGCAAGAUAAAUUGAGAAGAAUAAUAGAAACAGAUGCUAAAAGCGAAUAUAUUGAAGAACUUCUAUCAAAAAAAUGGAUCAAUAAAAUAAAUGAAGAAAAUUCUGUGCCGAAA